AAAAUUAAUAAUAAGCAUGAUUAAUUAAUAUAAUUAACUAUCCGUAUAAGCUGGUUUGUCAUUCCUAUAUAAAGUACAUAAUCAAACCAUGUCAAUCUAAACUCUUAUUACACACACACACAUAACUAGAGAGAGAAAGUGAGUUUAAGAGAGAGAGAGUGGUUUAAUUAGUUUAACUACUAAUUCAAGAAAAUGGGGAACAGCCUAAGGUGUUGUUUGGCUUGCGUUCUUCCAUGUGGGGCGCUAGACAUGAUCCGGAUAGUGCACCUAAACGGGUGCGUCGACGAGCUAACGGGUCGGGUCACCGCCGGCGAGGUUCUGAAGAACAACCCGAACCACGUCCUCACCACGCCGUGCUGCCAGGGAAUGGCCCGCCGGAUCCUGAUCCUCUCGCCGGAGUCGGAGCUGAAACGGGGCUCCAUUUACUUCUUGAUACCCGCUUCCUCUUUGCCCGCCGAGAAGACCAAUAAAAUCCUCAAGAAGUUGAGCUCCUCAAAGAAAAAGUCGCCGGAAAAUACCCCCGCCGGAAAGUUGCCGGAGAAGAAGUCGUCGUCCAAACGCCGGGAUCGGAGAAAAAACACUAGCGGUGAGUGGAGGCCGAAUCUUGAGAGCAUCUCCGAGGACUGACGAUUUUUAUACAAAACACUUUUUUCCCAAUUUCUUGGGGUAUUUUUCUUUUUUUCUUUUUUUUUUUAAUUUGCCAACUAAAAUGUGGAUAAUUAAUUAAGUAAUUCUCUGUCUCUCCCUCUCUUCCUUUUGUAAAAGAGGUUAUUAUCUAAUUUUUACCUCUGACUACU